AUGGAGUGGUGGAGAUGUUUGUUUGUGGGAAUUGUGCUUCUGAUGGCUACAGGGAGUGGAGAAGCACAGUUAUCACCAAACUUCUAUCAGUCUUCAUGCCCGAACGUGGAGUCGAUAGUGAGGCAGGCAAUCCAGCAGAAGCUAAGCCAGACAUCCGUCACGGUGGCUGCAACCUUGAGGCUUUUCUUCCAUGAUUGCUUCAUUGAGGGUUGCGAUGCAUCGAUCAUGGUCGCCUCUCCCAAGCAUGACACCGAGAGGGAUGCACCUGACAAUCUCUCCCUCGCCGGUGAUGGAUUCGACACCAUCGAGAAAGCCAAGGAGGCUGUGGAAGCGCAAUGCCCCGGCGUGGUCUCCUGCGCUGACAUCUUGGCAAUUGCGGCAAGAGAUGUUGUAGUUCUUUCGGGAGGACCGAGCUUUAUAGUGGAGCUCGGCCGGCGUGACGGCCUCAUCUCGCAGGCUGGUCGUGUCCCAGGGAAGCUCCCAGGCCCUGACUUCGACCUCAAACUCCUUGCCUGGAUCUUUGGAAAGAACAACCUCACCCUGCUCGACAUGAUUGCACUCUCCGGUGCCCACACACUUGGCUUCUCCCACUGCAGCCGCUUUGCCAAGCGCCUCUACUCCUUUGCUCCCUCCUUACCUGUGGACCCGUCACUGAAUCCCAGGUAUGCCCAGCAACUGAUGCAUGCAUGCCCGCAGAACGUCGACCCUAACAUCGUCGUCGGCAUGGAUCCGUUCACGCCGAACACCUUCGACAACGUUUAUUUCAAAAAUUUGGUGAAUGGCAGAGGGCUCUUCACCUCCGACGAGGUGUUGUUCACCAACCCGCUGUCCCGGCCUGUAGUGUCCAACUUUGCAGCCAACCAGGGAAACUUCUUCAAGGCCUUCGCAUCGGCAAUGGUCCGGCUCGGGAGGGUCGGUGUGAAGACAGGCAAUGAAGGUGAGAUUAGAAGAGAUUGCACAGCCUUCAAUGGAUCAUGA